UUGUUCGACCAGUGCCCGUAAUUACCGACCAAUUUGUACGGGGUUGUCGAGCGUACGGUUCGUUCCUAACGGCAUCUUGACGCUUGCGGUUACGAUUCCAAAGAAUCGAGUAGCGACGCGCAUUAAUGGCGUUCUGAGAGUUCCUCGUAGCAACGCUAGGACCUCGGAUCACGCCGUUCCAACGAUUCGUUCGUGCUCGUUGUACUUCUUUCUGUUUUAUUGUUGUCCGGUGUGGCGCGGAAUGUCGUGAGUGAUUUGCAGCGAAACGGGAAACGUAAUUAUACGUGUAUAAAUAGAGAGAGAUCUAAUAUAUCGAUAGACGUAAAGACGGAAGUAAGGUGCAGAUAAAUUUACUCGUUCCGUUGUAGGAAAACUGUGCAGACCGUUGGCUUGUCCGGGUUUACGCGGGGGGGCGGCGAGUAUUCGUACGGUUAAAGAAAAAGGGCGUGGAGAGAGUAAUACGAGAGUUAACGUAGAGGCAGGGCAAGGCGUACGUAAACGUACGCUAAAACACCAUGGGUAAGACGCCAAAGAAGGCGGCCCCUGGGGGCGAUGAGAGGAAUUUGUACAAUCGGAGACUGCUCGAAGCAACGACCGCGACGUCGAAAGCUUCUGAAACGAACUCGCACAAGAAACAACGCGAAUACAAGAGUCCGAACAGGUCUAACUUGAGCACCCAACGAAAAAGAAUACCAGCCGACCAGAGAAAAGCCAUUAAGGGUAAACUUCAUACGCCGGCACAGUUUCUAUUGAACUACAACAAGAAGCCGAUCGGUAGGCCACCCGGCAGUACCAAGGACAAGAAACUCUCCAACAAAAGCGUGGAAUCGAAGCCUGAAAAUAUGCAGCCAGAAUCAGAGGAAGCAGAGGUUAAACUCGACGCGACUACGGAAAACGAAGAUGAAAAGAAAGUCGUUUCCACGGAGAACGAGGAACCUGUCGAGGAGCGUGUUGAUCACGCUACUUUCAAAGAUACUCCGGACUCCAAAGAGCCGGAGAUCUCGACGAACCAAGAACCAUCGGUAGUCGAGGAGGAAAAGCCCACGGAACCAGAGAUACCGAAGGAACCCAACGAGCCAGAGAAGCACGAAGACUCCGACAUCGUAUUGAGCUUCGAGUCCGACGACUGUUCCCCGAAGCCACAGGAGGAGAAGUCGAACGACGUAGACUCGAAGGAGAACAACAAAGAGGAGUGUCAUUUCGAGCAACCGGAAUCGAGGAACGAGACCCAGGAGAAGGAGGACGUGCAGAGCGAGUCCCAAACCGACACGGAGAGCUACACGGUGGACAUUUUGGAGUCGACGACGUCGGAGUUGUCCGAGGUGUCCGAGGCCACCACGCAGAACGAGGCUCACAAGGAAAAGGAGAAAGAGGAGGAGACUAACGAGAAGGACGUGUCGUUCGUUUCGUACGAUCCCUCCAUAAUGCUCAAGGACGUGCAGAUCAAGCUGAACGAUUGCAUGAAAGACAACUCGAAGGUGUUCGACACGAAUGGCUCGGACUACGACUCGAUGUCUCAGGUGUCGAAGGAUUCGUCCUUCGGGAAAACGCUGAGGAGCAUUUCCGGCAGGCGUUCGCUGAACAGAAUGCGUUACGUCACGUUACGCGACGAGGUCAGGUACUCGCCGAACGACUCGCUGUUCGUGAACACCUCGAGCGUGUCGUUGCUGCCGAGCGAGGCGGAGGACUACAAGAACUUACGGUACAGCACCGGCCUGUCGGACAUCGUGUUCAGCUCUAACGGCAGCUCGACAGAGAGAAAACGUAAGUUCGAAUCCGACGACUGGAGCCCCACGAAGAAACCAAAAACAGAGUCCGACAACAGUUUGCUGAACACCUCGAUCAGCAUUUUGAAAGGGCUGCGCAGACCCAUCCAAGUGUCCACCUCGCGAUCGGAUCUGAAAUUUCAGACCAACAAAGUGGACAUUACGGACGAGGAGAGCAACGCGUCGGUGAACGAAGGCGCCGCGAAGAAAUGGUGUACCAUUAUGUAAAUUAAACGGUUUUAUAUAUGCAUAUAUACAUAUAUGUGUAUAUAUUUUCGCGCGCGAAAAAAAGCUGACCGUGUGCCAUACGCGCACCCGGCAAGCCAGAAUUUUUAUACAAGCGUUACUAUGUCGUUGACUGUAAAAUCUGGAUCACGUUUCUUCGUUUACCCGACGACGACCACCUUAUCCUUCGCACGACACUGUUGCCUCGAAUUCCUCGAGUUUUGUACACGCUGUAGCGUUCCUGUUCUUUGGAACGUGCGUUUCCGAUUUCACUCGCGAGACACAUAUACAGGGUGUCCCGUAACUGAUUCUACGUGAAAAAUUGAAUCGAAAAUAUAAAAUAACAAUUUUUCAUAUGACUCUUUAUUUUCGAAAAAAAUAAGUUUGAAAAUUUGUCUAAUUUAUGAAUUGUUGGAAGUGAUGCCCACGUUGUACUAAAUUGCAUCGAACGUUUCCUAAUGUGUUUUGCAAUUUUAAUUGUUCAAACGAUAUAAUAAUUUUUUGUUUUAAUUGUUCAAAGCUCGUUACGCCAUCGCUGGAGCUGAGCUUUAUUUUCAAACUUAUUUUUUUCGAGAAUAAAGAGUCGUAUGAAAAAAUUUUAUUCUGUAUUUUCGAUUCAGUACCACCAGUUAUAGGGCACCCUGUACACAAACUGUACUUCGUGCAAUUUCACACGAAAGAGGCUCACUUACAAAAAGACAUCGCGGUCGUAAGAAUUAAACUUUUAAACCUUGACUAUAUAUAUAUAUAUAUACAUAUAUGUAUUACUGUAUUACGUCUUAUACUUGUCAUUAAUACUCGAAGUAUGUUUUAUACGAAUGACAGAAUGUAAUUAUAGAAAAAAAAAGCGUAAACGGUAGAAGCCUAGAGAAUUUUCAAUUAUGGUAUCCAAUCGAUUCGUCGAUAGACUAUAUUUUUCCAAAAAAUACGCAACCAUCUAUGGCGUGUCUUUUUUCCCCCCCUCACGAAGGAUCGACUGACUUUUUGACUGUUUUUAGCUUAUCAUUAGAGUUGCAAGGAAUCAUUAUACUUUUUUUCUUUUUUUUCCACGUUAGAAAAUAUACACGUAUUUCUCGUAAUCUCGAUACGUACUGUACGCAUCUUAGGAUACUUUUGUAACGCAGGAAAAGUAGAUUUAUUGUUUCGGCAAGCAAGGUAACGAGAAAUCGAGGGUAUUGCGAAAAGGUUUUCUAUUUACCCUCACCGUAGAGCUUGUUUAUCAUCUCGCAAAUAUCUUUGUACAAGUAAAGUUUUGCAAUAACAUUUUCAUUAGUUAUUUAUACUAGGAUAAAUUUUUACGAACUAGCUUCCAUCUGUAUCGAUAGAGCUCGCGAAACCGGGCGACGAAACGAUCAAAUUCACAGAAUAAAAAUGUUCAACUAGAUCUCCCAAGGAGUUUCGUCGCCCAUUGCGGUAUCUCGUUCAACUUACGGGUAGCCAUGACACACGAGACGCGUGAGAAAUCAUGGCUGGAUCGGUCAACACUAUUUCCACCAGAUUGGAUGCAAAUAAAAAAGAGUCGAAAAAUAAGUUCGAGCUGAAAUUCUAAAUGGCGUUACCGUUGGUAGAAAUGGUGUUAAGUUGAACGCAAAUACUCGACGCUCAAUGGAAACGUAUUUACGCGUUCGAGAGUAGAAAUCGACUCGAUCGAGGUUGAUUUUUGUCACGCGAGUAGUUCUAUCAAACUUCACACUACUUUUUCCUUUACUGUUCCUUUUAUCGAAACGUACUUGUUGCGCUCUCUAAAGAAAACUCUUGUUCGACCCGGGAGGAGUAUUUCGUAUUUUCACGCGCGAUUGUUGAAUCUAACGGAGGCCGAGCGCUCACUUACUUUUAUACUUGUUACGAUUAAAUAGAAGAGAGUUGAAACACGAUGUAUGAAUAAUGUAUAUAGAAAAUGAGAUUUAUAAUAAAUCUUGGAAA